UCCAUUGACAUAUGGCUUUGAAACUUUGCACACUUUUUCACCAUUAUAAACCCAACCUGUAGAGAGGAGGAGGUAACUGUAUCAAGCAUUUUGACAGAAUUAUGCCCCUUUUUCAACUUAGAAUUUACAUUUAGGUUUGCAUACCACCUAAGGAUAUUUUCAUAUUCUAUUGAAACAAGUUGAAAUUUUAUACUCUUCUUUGAGAGCAUAAUAGGACUCCCUCCAAGACCUAUAACUGUAACAUGGAUUUAAAGAAAAAUCUUGUCCUUUUGUUAUUAACUCAGAAAAAUUUUACAUUAUCAAGGCUCUUUUACUAUCAAGCACUAAGAAUAGUCGAGUGUUGCUGCCCUACCGACAGCUCUUGUUUCGUUUGCUGUAUUUAAGAUAGCAACUUAAAACUUUAUAUGUACAGUGCACAAGGAUGACAACUUUAAUUUUUUAAAGUUUUGAGCGAUUGCUUUUUGUUUUUUCUCAAAUUUUUUAAUACUAAGAUAUCAAAGAUACGCAUAUAGAAAGGGUGCGGGGUUAAAUAAUGACAAGGUAUACAUUGUUGAUAAAAAUGUACUAUUGCACAUGACCACCGGAAGAUGAUGGCACCAUGAUGAAAUCACGAUGGUACGAUGAUGAAAACCCUAUGGCACGAUGGUGAAAGGCAAUGGUACGAUGGUGAAAACUCGAUGGUACUAAGGUGACUGCCAUGGUAAGAUGGUGAAAGCGCCAUAACAUGAUGAUAGAAAUGCGAUGGUACGCUGGUGAAAACGUGAUGGUACGAUGGUAAAAUCGUGACGGCAUGAUUGUGAUAAACGUGAUGGUACAAAGUGAAAACAUGAUGGGACAAUGGUGAAAAUGCGGUGUUACUAUGAUGAAAACAAGAUGGCGCGAAGAUGGUUGAUGAUUGUGGAUGCUUUGACGAACAACCAUGUCUAAAGGACAAGUUGUUUUGAAGAACUUCUUCAUUUUUAACCCAACCUAUGGCCCAAGAGAAGGGGAGGAACAUAAGAAAAUAAUGUUUUAUUUUCCCAAGAAUACAGAUAUAGAUACACAGAUAAAAACUAUAGGUCUUUGUGAAGCUAUUGUCACAUUUACACAUACAUUCUCAGAUCGACCAUGCGAGAGUUUACAUACACAGAAAACUAGGCAGCUUUUUUUUCAACCAGAGAAAGACUUUUGGAUGGUUAUGACAGUUAGUGUGCCAUUCAGUGAGAAGACAAAAGAAGGGCAGUCAUAUAUAGAGUACCAUGAAGAGGAUGUCCAAGAUCCGGUCAUGGAUUCUAUACUUAAACAAGCAUAUAGAAUGUUUACUUUGUUUAAUGGGUCCAUCUAUUACCUAUUAGAGAAAGUCAAUGGCCAGACACAUUCUUUACAACAAAGAUUAGACCAUUUCUUUUCUAGGUAUUUACUAACUCUACGACUGGGAAACAGUGAUCUAUUAGAUGUAUUUAGUGGAAUAUCAUUCCUACCAUUGGAUAAGAACACAUACCUGAAAGUACAGUGCUUUAUCAACAUUCUUGAGUCAACAUUCCCAGGAGUCAAAUAUACAGCUUUCUUAUAUAAUGACCAGCUUGUAUGGUCAGGAUUAGAGCAGGAUGAUAUGAGAAUCAUGUACAAGUACCUGACUACAAGCUUGUUCCCGGCUUAUCUAGAGGCUGAACUACAGUCAAGUGGGCAACAACAUACGUCACCCUCACUCAGUAGAAACAUGUCCAUGCCAACACUUGGAAAUGUACAUUUUGGCAAAUUUAUAACUGGCCCACCGAAUGUACAUGAUGAAAAGAAUAUGGGAAAAAUUCCACGUUUGUAUAUAAACACAGAAUUUGAAAAUGAGGAGUGUUUCCUGUUAGUUUACAGAGCAUUGAGUGCUAGUGUUUGUUUACUACUCAAUUCUAGCACAGAAGUGAACAGUGACCUAUGUAAGAAGCUGGACAGUUUUCUAGGCCAACAGUUAUCUAACCUCGCCUCUGAGAUUGGGGAACAGUAUUCAUCUAGGAAGCAACAGCCAGUUUCGGAACCUAUAUUCAAGUACAUCUAUUUCAACCAUAUGAAUCUUGCUCAGAAGACCACAGUUCAUGUUGAGAGUAGGAAGAGUAAUGGGGUAUAUGUACACCAGGAUACGCUCAAACUACUUUGUGACAUCAGCUCAGAUCUACAGAGGAAUAAUCAAGAUGGUGAAACAUUUGUUAAAACAAUGACAGAUUGUUGGGUUGUUGGCAAGAAGUCCGACCAGAGAGAGAUGGUUGUUGUUAUUAACCAGAAAAAUCUUAACCUUAUUGAAGUUAAUGAUGAAGUGAAAAAGCUGUGCAGUUUAAACUUUAACAGUAUCUUUUUCCAGGACUGAAAAAGUUAUUUUAUGAACAUCUAAGCUGUGAUACAAAAACAUUUCUUAACACUUGGUUUCCAAAAUCAUGAAAAACUUCUACUGUGAAUGCAUAAAUAGCUGACUAUGUAUAACAAAUAGAAUUCUGUUAUUAUUAUUAUGAAAAAGGUGAUAAAGAAAUAUAAUACAUGCACUGUCCUCAGCAUCAGAUAAAAUGGCUGUAUAACAAUAUAAAAAAAGAGAUUUUAAGUAAUGUAUCAUUACUUACUUAUAUGAUAGUGCUAUUCUCAAUUUGUUAAAAUGUUUCCGGUACCUUGAUCAAUUUGAUCAUAUUUCAUUCUGUCUCUAUUUUCUUCACUAUUAUUGAAAUUAACAUACAGUAUAAUAAAAUGGCUGUUAAUCAUGUGCAAUAUAAUGAGAUGUAUGAUUAUCAUAUAUAUCUAUGAAAUUAAACAUUAUUAUAUUUUA